AUGAAGUGCCUGAACAACCGCGCCGAGAGCCACCUGACGGGACAGGUAGAGUGCGAGUUGGACAGCGUGGACAAUAGGGGAUGGGUGAACCAGGGCUUCUGUGGCUCCCCUCCGCCCUCCGCCCCAGCUGUCAGCACCAUCUACAACUCCCAGCCCCUCUUCCAGGGCUCCAUGGACAGCAUGUACAGACUGGACACCCCUGGCCCUUUCCUAGAGGAACCGCCAUCCACGGACCAAAGCCGGGUGAAGAAACGAAGAGGCUGCUGCUCGUUUAUCAAAGGUUUAUGGGGAACAACAUUGACUGAAAACACCUCAAACAACCGGGAACUGUUUGUCCGAACCACGUUACGGGAGUUACUGGUCUAUCUGGUGUUCCUGGUGGAUAUAUGCCUCCUGACAUACGGUAUGACCAGCUCGAGCACCUACUACUACACUAAAGCCAUGACGGACCUGUUUGUGAAUACAGCCGGUGACAGUGGGGUUACGUUUCAGUCCAUUGGCACCAUGGCCGACUUCUGGACUUAUGCCCAGGGCCCAUUACUGGACGGCCUCUACUGGACUAAAUGGUACAACGACCAGUCCCUGGAGAGCGGAGACCAGUCCUUCAUCUACUAUGAGAACAUGCUGCUGGGAGUCCCCAGAAUGAGGCAGAUCAAGAUCAUGAACAACUCCUGCAAGGUCCACCGCGACUUCCAAGAUGAGAUCACGGGAUGUUUCGACGUCUACAAUGAGAAGAAGGAGGACGACCUUAGCUUCGGUCUCAUCAAUGGCACUGCUUGGACCUACCACACGGAGAAAGAAAUCAAAGGUUCCUCUCACUGGGGCUUGCUGACCACAUACAGUGGAGCGGGGUACUAUCAAGACCUAAGUCGGACCAAAGAGGAGAGCGCCAUCACACUGCAGGAACUGGUGGACAACCUGUGGCUGGACCGAGGCACCAGAGCGGUCUUCAUCGACUUCUCGACUUACAAUGCAAACAUCAACAUGUUCUGCGUCAUCACGUUGGUGGUUGAAUUCCCAGCAACCGGAGGAGCGAUCCCUUCCUACCAGAUCAGAACAGUCAGACUGAUUCGCUACAUCACCACUUGGGACUUCUUCAUCCUCGGGUGCGAGAUGGUCUUCUGUUUAUUCAUCCUCUAUUAUGUUGUGGAGGAGAUUCUUGAGCUGCGUAUACACAAGUUCGCCUAUUUCAACAGCAUCUGGAACAUACUGGAUAUUGUUGUGAUAAUGCUCGCCAUCGUUGCCAUUGUAUUCAAUAUUUUCCGAACUGUCAAAGUGGACAAAUUGCUUGGAAAACUGCUCGAACAACCUGGUAUCUACGCUGAUUUUGAAUUUCUGGCCUUCUGGCAAACACAAUACAACAACAUGAAUGCAGUGAACUUGUUCUUUGCGUGGAUCAAGGUUUUCAAGUACAUCAGUUUUAACAAGACCAUGACUCAGCUGUCCUCCACACUGGGUCGAUGUGCCAAAGAUAUCUUGGGCUUCGCCAUCAUGUUCUUCAUCGUGUUCUUCGCCUAUGCUCAACUUGGGUAUUUGCUCUUUGGGACAGAGGUUGAAUCUUUCAGCACCUUCGUCAAGUGCAUCUUCACACAGUUCAGGAUUAUCCUCGGAGACUUUGAUUACAAUGCUAUCGACCGAGCUAACAGAGUUCUCGGGCCGAUCUACUUCGUCACCUAUGUGUUCUUUGUUUUCUUUGUUCUGCUGAACAUGUUUCUGGCCAUCAUAAACGACACAUAUUCUGAGGUUAAGGAAGAGCUAUCAUCCGAAAAAGACGAGCUACAGAUUACCGACAUCAUCAAACAGAGCUAUUUGAAGACAUUUACGAAGCUGAAACUUAAGAAGGAGAAAAUAUCAGAUGUUCAGAAAGCGCUACGAUCUGGAUCCGGAGAAAUCGAGUUCAAGGACUUCAGAGAAACUCUAAAAGGGAUGGGACAUGCUGAUCAUGAAAUUUCUGCAGCCUUCUCGCGGUUCGACCGUGACGGGAACCAAAUUCUAGACGAAGUCGAACAAGAGAAGAUGAAAAUUGAGCUGGAGGAGAAGAGGGAUGCUCUUUGCGCUGAACUCAACAAUCUUGGGAGGAAUUACGAGAAAGAAUUACUGGAAAAGCCUCCUGUAACGUCCAAUGAGCAGAACAACCACUCAGGUCAAACCUUUGUGGAUCAGGAACAAUUCCUAAGACUGUCCAGACAAGUUCUCCACCUUGAAAGCUCUGUGGAAGGCAUCACAUCCAGGAUUGAGCUGAUUAUGGAGAAACUGGGAUUACAAGAGAAAGCUAAAGGGAAACUGACUAGAGAUGGAACAGCCUCAGACGGGAGCGUCCUGGUUUGUGUGGACAGAGGGACGAAGGUGUCAGCAAGGCAACCGGCUGCUCGUACCGACGCCACACGCGACAUUCACGUGAUUAAACUCUGAGAAACACAAUCACGGGUUAAAAUCUGGAAGGGUGAACGGCUUCGAAAAACCACAAACAUACAAACAACGUCGAUGUUCAACGCUCUUAAAAUGAUGUAAAUUCUGUAUAAACACAUUUUUGAAGUUAUUUGCUUACUAGGUGACUGUAGAGCUAAUAUAAUAAACUGGUUUGAAGUUUAAGCUCAGAUAUAUACAAUGUAUGUUGUAAUUAUUAGUGUUGCGUAAUAUAACUUCAUGUAUAUUAAUGUUAUACAAUGUUAUUUAACGUUAGACAUCCGACUAAGUGACUGC